UUUUCACUCUCUUUUCUUCUUCUUUCCAGGCUCUUCCUGCUCCUGUUUUACGUUUCUUGUUCAGGAUAUAUGUCUAAGGAAGCUGACCUGAAGAAGACUGAACUGAAGGUUUCUGUCAUCUGCUGUGAUGGCUGCAAGAGAAAAGUCAAGAAAGUUUUACAGAGUAUUGAAGGUGUUCUGAAGACUGAAAUUGAUACUUUACAACCAAAAGUUACAGUCUUGGGAAACGUGGAUCCACAAAUUCUGAUAAGAAAACUCCUGAAAGCUGGAAAACAAGCAGAACUCUGGAGCCAAGGAAGUCAGAAUGCCGGAAAAGAAAAGAAAGAAGCAGAAACCCCAAUAACAAAGGAGAAAGAGAAACCAAAAUCCGAUUGUGAUCAAGCAAAAUCCUCAAAUUCAUCAUCCAAUUCUACUGAUAAGAACAAAGAGAUUAAAAAUGGUGGGGAUGGAAAUGAUAACAAAUCUCCAAAGAAGGAACAGAAGGACACAACAACAUGUUCCAAUGUGAAUUCUUCUUCCAACCCUGAAAUUGUCAAGACAGAACAUCCUCUGCCUCCGAUCCCACAACCAAGUGAGACAAAGUUCCCAAGCAUGUUUCAGGAUUUGGGUAAUGUCUGCAGUUGGAAUCAGUGUUAUUACAAGGUUGAGCCUUAUACAGUUGCUGUACCUUAUUAUGCAUUACCUUCAUACACAGUUGGUCCCCUGUCUCCAUCCUGCUAUGGACAAGAGUUCCUAAACCAGGGGAGACCAGUGUUUCAGCCGCCAUUCCAGGGCCCAGCAGUAAGAGUUGGAGAUUACUUUAGUGAUGAAAAUACCAUGGGAUGUCAUGUAAUGUGAGACCUCCAAUUUAUCCUUAGGGUGGCUAAUUCAUUCAACUAUACCUUUUGUAGUUUAUGAGAACUUCUGUAAUACUUAUUUAUUGGCAAUCUAAUUCCUUGGACUCCAUGACUUCGCCGGAGAAAAACAUCUAGCCGGUAUCCUAUUCCAACUUCUGAUUU